AAAAAUAAUUUAAAAUGUUUAGGAAUCAAAUCCUGAAAACCCCACUUGAGACCUUAAAAAGUUAACGUUUUUAAAAUACGCAUAGGCCACGCCCUCUGCAGGUGUAGCUCAUCAAAGAUGCCACGAAAACGCAAAACGGCGUCUGUAGUCUCAAGCGGAGGCGCCAAGUUCAAAACUGCCAACACAAUAUGUCACGCAGUGGCGUGGAAACCGCAGCACAGAGCCCACUGCUCUCCUCCCGUUUCUGUUUCAGCCCGCGGUCAUGCGCUUGCGCCAAGGGCUGGUCGACAGCCAUGUGGAACGGCCUCUCUGAACCACUUGCGGCUGCCGGUCGCUCUACAACCGAGCCUUGGCUCCUCCCCGGAUGCAGUUCUGUCUUUGACAGCCUCGUCAGUAACGUUUCUCCAAUCUCGAUGUCUCCGGCGGCGCUCAGCCCGCGAGGUGGGGAGAGAUAUGCCGGUGGCAAGCCACGCAGGACAUCAAUCUUGGAGCGUUGUAUCCUUAAAGCGUCCACCAGUAGCGUCGCCGUGGAGACGGAAGAUCUGGACAAGAGGGCUCCGCUCAGCCGCUGCUACCCUCGCCUGCCGGAGCCAAACAACACGGAGACCAAUGCCGCCGUUCUCAAGCGCAGACAGAAGCAGAUUCUGUAUGGCAAGAACACAAGCGGCUACCAGAACUACCUGCGGCAAGUGCCCAAACAUUCGAGAGACCCGAAGCUCCACCCGUCCACCCCCAACAAGUAUAGGAAGUACAGCAGACGCUCGUGGGACACACAAGUUCGUCUGUGGCGCCGGGCGCUGCACCAGUGGGACCCGCCCGGCGAUGGCGCAACGCUCGCCUGCGACCCAGUCGAGCAACUGCAGAACCAACUGGCAAAAAUGACCUCGGACUCGUGCGGCGAUGGAGGAGACAAGCGGAGAGAGAAGGAGACCCUGGCGGCCUCCUCUGCGCCCCCCCUGUCAGCCGACAUGUCUCCUCCCACCGCCCGCAAUGUUCCGCUCUCGCCGGAGCCCGAGCGUAGUCGUCCACCUCGCUCUCCUCCCGGCCUCAGCUGCUUCUUCGGGAUCCGGCUGACUGAAAACAACGUGGCCGACUGGCUCCAACUCCAGCUGGAGGACGACCGUUCGGGAGGCGAUUUCAGCGCCGAUGAUCAACGGGUCCCCGUGGUGUUGGACCAGUUCCUAUGGAACCGCUACUGAACGUCCCUCGCUACGACGAGCCUGGUUCGCUUGACGCUGAGCAAGUUCAUCAUCCAGAUGGCCCAGUGAUAGACUUGAAUCUGUGUAUGAGUGUGUGUCUGUUUUUCUCUGAUACAUUUGUCUUUUUAAGGGCACUGAUGAUUUUGAGGGGAGGGGGCAUGCGCUAUUGGGUCGUUGGGCCUUUUUGCCCUUCAGUGUCGGAGGCAACAGGUGAUGGAUCCCGGUGUUUAACAGACAGAGGUUGACUUGGCGCUUUGACCCGAGCACUUUUCUUUUGUGUUUAUUGCACUUUGUCACUGGCGCCGUGUUCUCCGUGUACACAAAAAGCUGCUGAAGUUUGUCUUGAAAGUCACUCUUAUUUCCUUUUUGCUGUCACUUUCUGGCCUCUGUCGAGGCUGCCGCUUAGUUUGAUUCCAUCUUGGCCACGUUCACCUCUGUUCUGCAAAGGUUCUUUCACCUUUUUUUUUAUUUGUUACAUGACAUAUGCUGCUUUAAAUGUUAAAAGCGAAGCUGAAAUUAAUAAAGAUGUAAACAAAGUAUCAAAUUGAA